UAAUGUAACGUCAAUAUUGAGUUCCUUUCGUGAUUGUGAUUGAAACGCUUUACUGGAUUGAUAGUAUUUAGUAAUUUUAUUGCAUUUUAGUUUUGGUUAGUAGUUUAUUCGUGAUAUUUGACGCUUUGAAACAGUUACCUAUUUGCCCAUAUUUUUUGGUGUAAAUCCCAGAUUUCAAUGAUGAGAAAUAAACCUUUUAUCUAACAACAUUUAUCCGGAACUUUGUUACCUACGUGGUUUCUAAAUUGAGUUCAGCUAUUUUUUUGCAAUCAUGACCGCGGCUGCUGGAGGAACGUAUAAUUUCAAGGUAGUGCUUUUAGGCGAAGGUUGCGUAGGGAAGACUUCCUUACUGCUUCGUUACAUUGAAGACAAGUUCAACGAUAAACAUAUAACUACGCUUCAGGCAACUUUUUUAAACAAAAAGUUAAAUAUAAAUGGCAAACGUAUAAACUUGUCUAUCUGGGACACAGCUGGCCAAGAAAAGUUCCAUGCUUUAGGUCCUAUUUACUACAGGAAUUCAAAUGGAGCUAUACUGGUUUAUGAUAUUACGGAUGAAGACUCUUUUGGAAAGGUAAAAAAUUGGGUGAAAGAACUGAAGAAAAUGUUAGGUGCAGACAUAGUUCUUUUCAUAGCAGGAAAUAAAAUAGAUUUAGAGCAUGAGAGAACAGUGUCCUUAGAAGAAGCAGAAAGCUAUGCUAAUAUGGUAGGUGCAAAGCAUUUUUAUACAUCAGCAAAAUUAAACCAAGGCGUGGAAGAUUUGUUUCUUGAUUUGACUCAGGAAAUGGUUGAACGAUUUGAAAAUAAUUCUCAGACUGAUGCAAACAGAUCAUCGCGGGUGCUUGUUGUUGACGAUGAAGCUCCUGUGCAGUCAUCGUGUUGUUCCGGAACAAGAAGCAACUGAAGCUAUUUUAGUUUAUGUCAUCACAACUCUAUAAUGGAUAUAAUGGAGUGGCUUCACCUGUUAAACUUACUACCACAGAUUGCUUUGGUGUGCUAGAAGUGUUAAGAGUAAACAUCACUAUUUAAUAUUAAUUUACAUUGUAUAACUAAAAACAUACAUAUUUUAUAUUUGGAAUGACUAAGAAAUGUACUUUUUGUAGUAGCUUAUAAUGCUGCUGUGAAUCCAGAUCAUACACCAGAGUGAUUUGUAUUUUUCAUGGACAUACAUACAUAAAAUCACGCCUCUUUCCCGGAGGGGUAGGCAGAGACUACCUCUUUCCUCUCCUUUUCCUUUCAUGGACAGAUUCAUUGAAUUUGACCUUAACAUGAAAUUUAAAUAAUUCAUAAUUUGUACAUAAACGACCAAUGAUAUAUGCUAUUUUAAUUUUUUUGGGUGAAUCCUCUGGUCCAUGCUGGUAAAAAUUUUUAAUUAAAACAGUUUUUGAACAUUUACUCAUCAUUGUUAGAUUUACAAAAUGAGUUUAAUUAGGAUUAUGUCAAUAGCCUUGUCUUAAUCAUUAAAUUGUUUUCGGAUAAAUUAUUCUGUGUGUUUUUACAUGUAUAUCUCAAUGACAUGUUAGGUGUUAUAUGGUAUAUGGUAAGCACUGUGAUGCUAAUUUGCCAAUAAAAUGUUGGAUAUUUUUUUACAAAAUUGUAACGAAUUUAGCCAUAUAUAUUUGAAAAAGAUUUUAAGAGCGCGCCUCUAGGGUAGUCAUGCAUGUAUGUUAUGUGUUAUGUUAUUAUGUAAAGAUAAUUAUUAUUAUUUAUUAUAAAAAUAAAUAUUUAUGUACAUUGUAAAUAUUUUGAAAAGUAAGUAAUUCGUUAUGUUAACCUUUUAUUUUAUCAGGUACAUUAUUUUAUUCUAAUACUAUUAGUAUUUUGAGGAAAUCCAGUUUAAACAUAAACAUAUGUGUAACACGUCGAACAAAUGUGUGUUAACUCCUCCAAUUAUGUUAACACCAUGCCCUCAUUUCUGGUCAGUUUUGAGUAGAGAUAGUACCAAAAACCUGAUUGUAGUAGAUGUAGCGAUAAAGCACCGCUUAUUAUAGAAAUGAAGAAAAAGGUAACAUAAUUUAAAAAAAUAAAUGUAGAAUAAUAUUAUUAAUAGAAAGCAUGCCAAUGCCAACAUGCAAUGACGGGCAUGUACAAUAAAAUAUAUACACAACAACUUAUUCUAAAUUUUUAUUCGAAGGCUGUGACUGUUUGUAAUGUAUAGGUGGAUACACCAAAACCACAUACAUGGCCUUAACAUUAUUAUCAAGAAACUUACAUGAAGAUAAUUUUGUUGAUGUAAUAUGAUUUGCAUCAAUUUACUGUAUUUUGUAGCUUUUAAUAAAAUAAAUAAGAUUAAAGAUUAUGAAGUCCGGAUUUAUUUUAAUAUGAUAUAAUAAAUAAAUGUUAUGCACCAAAAUAUUUGCUUUUUUUAUCUUCAUAAAAUUUUAUAGUUCCUGCUGUGCUAUCUUAAUUCGUACGGAUCUGCCAUUCAGAUUUAAGUAAAACAAUAAUUCAAUUAAAAAUCUUGAACAAGUGUUCCCAAUAUUUUUUUUUCUACUCGCAUCCUAUUCACUAAUUAUAGUAUUUUCACUGACAUGUUGAAGAUAUAAAUAACAGGUUUUUUUAAUUUCAUGAUUUGUUUUACUCUUUCCACUUGAACUAGGUACAUAAAAAUAUGCGAAUUAAUUUAUAACAUGCUGUGAAAAGAUAUAGCAGCUUUCUCAUCGGUUACGCACCUGCCAUUAACCUGGGAUUUUUUUGUAGGUGGUAACGAGUCCAUCAAUACCCAUUCACUACCUAGCAAAAUUAUUCUUAUGUCAUCAUACAUGUAACAUGCCUAUUAUUUCGCCAUUCCAUCAUCACUAUCACUAUGUCCUUCUGUAUGUAUGCUUAGAUCUUUAAAACUACACAAGGAUUUUUUUAAAUAGUGAUUCAAGAGGAAGUUUUAUAUAUGUAUAAAUGCUACUCGUGCAAAGCUGGUAGAAGGAGCCCAUGAGGGGACUUUGGGAUUUACUAAAGCGCGGCAGAUUAAUAUACAGGGGGAUACCUUGUGCCCCUAUUAAGUACUCCCAUCGUAUAUGAGCCUUCUGUAUAAUUAUGGUCGCCCGUCAAGGAUAAAGAAUCAGAUUAGUAAAAAAAAACUAAUCAUCAAAAAUUCUCGAGCGCGUCAGAUUAAGUUAAGGUGAGAUAGUUAUACAUACAUGCUAAAACAUGUAUAUUUCACUAAUCUUACGAUUUGAAAGUGACUUAAUGAAGGGGGAGGGCUAAAAA